GUAUAAGUACAGCAACUAGAUACUAUAUAUAGAAUGAGGUAAGAAUGCAUCUAGUCAGAGUUGUCCAGGCAGGGGUAUUAGCCACAUCGUAGUCUCCAUGCCUACACUUUUAAAAAGGGAUUAAUUCACCCGAGCAUCACAGACUGGCUGGUGCACAUAUAUGCUCGGAUCUCCACUGGCUGGUGCACGGAUCUCCACGCUGCGCUUAUCUAGCUACUGAGAGAGUGAGACUUCAGUUAACUGUUUUAUGUUGAAAGGAAACGUUUAUUGAGAUGCCAUUGGGAAAACAUGCACCCUUUUUAAAUUGAAAUUAGAGAUGAGACAUUUGCAUCUGUUAUACUUUUUAGUCACAACUUUGACAAGUUCCUGAAUGGAGAAUAAGGCCAUGUACCUGAGUACAUAUGAAGAGAGGGAGAACGGAUCCUUCUAUGAGGAGGGCUACGAUGGCAGAAACCUAUCAAAGCUCAACCUGUGUGAAGACGCUGUUUCUGCCAAGAGAAGAAAGCCAGACAAUUGCUGCAGCCACCUGAACUCCCUGUCUGCCAUCAAGUAUGCCAUCGUGUCUCUAUACAUCUUGGUACUCCUGAGCAUCUUUGGUCUCUGUUUAGCAGUGUCCAGGUCCCAGAUGUCCUCAGAGAAGCAGGAGGCACUGAUGGAAAACAUGACCCGUAUGGAGGACCGCUCUCGGGAGCUCCAGCAGUCCCUGGGUGACAUCUCCUCUCAGGCAGACCUCCUGGAGAACAUCUGGAAGCUGGAGAGCCUGUUCCAGAACCACAGUGAGUCCUUAAAGCAGCUGGGCCUGGCAGUGAGCGGCCUGGAGAGGGAUAUCAGGGAUCUGCAAGGCCACUGCCAGUCGACAGACAGCACCGUGGAGCAGCUGGGGGACCGUGUAUCCGUCCUGAACCGCUCCACCCAGAGGAACGUGAGUGGGCUCAGCAACCAGCUGGCCCAGGCCUCGGUCUCGCUGCACAACCACGACCUCCUGCUGAGGAGCACAGCGGACCAGGUGGACCAGCUCAAGGAUAGGCUGGAGGAGGUUGGCUGGACGGUCGGCUCAGUCAACCACACGUUCACCAGCGACAUCAGCGUCCAUCACCUAAAGAUCCAGGACCUGCAGGUGCAGAUCAGCAAUGCAAGCCAGGAUGCACGGCACAUGAGGGAGACACAAGUGCACAUGGAAGAGACCCUGAAGAAUGAGGUAGAGAUCCUCAGCACCAUCACAGAGGACCUGAGGCUCAAGGACUGGGAGCACUCCAAUAUCCUUAAGAACAUCACCUAUUUAGAAGGGCCUCCAGGACCAAAAGGUGAGAAGGGCGAUGUUGGGCCACUUGGUGCCCCUGGUGUGGCAGGCCUCAUAGGGAUGAGAGGUUUUACAGGAGAAAAAGGCUUCCAGGGUCCAAGGGGACUAAAGGGCCCGAGCGGCCCUGACGGCCUACAGGGGGAGAAAGGGGAUAUGGGACCCGAAGGGCCCAAAGGUGACGGAGGAGACAGAGGACUGAAAGGCGAGAAGGGAGACCGAGGUGACCGUGGUGAAAAAACAGUGGACGAGACACUGGUGAGACUGGUGAAUGGAUCAGGCCCUCACGAGGGGAGAGUGGAGGUGUUCCAUGAGAGGCGCUGGGGAACGGUGUGUGACGACGUCUGGGACAAGAAGGACGGUGACGUGGUCUGCAGGAUGCUUGGCUACACAGGGGCCUUCGAGAUCCAUAAAACAGGCCGGUUUGGACAAGGUACUGGGCUCAUCUGGAUGGAUGAUGUGGCCUGUGUUGGGAAUGAGGACACCAUCCACCAGUGCAAGUUCUCAGGCUGGGGUAAGACAAACUGUGGGCACGUGGAGGAUGCGGGGGUGACAUGCAACACCUAACACCCACCAUUUUAACUCCCACUCAGUUCAGAGUUCAGUUUUAAACUGCAGAGUUAAAUUGCAGAUGACAGGCAGCAUGAGGUAGAGCAGAGGGGCUGCGUUCUGACGCCCUACACCCACUCACUGCUGUGGGCAACUGAUUUGACUUCAGACCCCUUUAGGGCCUCUUGGCCGACUUUGUCCACGUAAAGUAUAUUUAACAAUAGCUGAACUAGAUUCAGUGCCUAUAAAGGACCAACUUAAAAAUGGUCAGUCACAAAUGUUUGUCCAAUUGUUGGCAGAUGACGCGAUUACAAAGAAAAUAAAGGGAACUAAUGCCAUUUGAAAUAGAUGUAUGGCUUGGCCCCAGUAGAGCCAAGCGUUGGUUUUUAUCAUCAUGACUUAGAGUCUCUCUCUCUCGUUCAUUCUUCUCCCUUCAACUGGCUAAUUUUGAUUAUGUUAGAGCGCAGCCAAAGAUGCCUCUUUCUUCAUCGACAAUUGCAGGGGCGGUUUGGAGACUAACACUUGGUUUAUGUAUGGAAACCAGGACUAAAGUAAGACAAAUUACAGCCCUAGAUGGCUUUUUAUAUUUUGGGAACAUUUUUAUGAAAUGGUAAAACAUGCACAACGACUUGAGGUUUAUCACAGGAAAAGAAACAGGGAAAUAUAGAUUAUUGUGUGAAAUAAGCGAAACCAACCGCUGACGUAAUACACUUUCAAAUGUAAAUCAAGUGUUGCCAUGAGCAUGAUAUCUUUCAUCAUAGAUUUCUGUAGAUGAGCCUAGACAAAUAUUGCUUUGGGAUAUGCAAAGAUAUGUGCUGAGGUCCUGAGGACUAGGUUUGAUACACUCUGAGCCACAUGAAUCUGGACUAUCUCUCAGUAUUUCAUUUGGAGCAUURAAGCAGCACCCCUUUAGACAUGGUCCUCACUUUCAUCCACUGAGGUUCAUACUCAGACAAGUGCUAUUGAGGUGUUAUAGAGUGCUAUAGAGCAGUGGAGGUUGGUGGGAGGAGCUAUAGGAGGACGGGCUCAUUGGAAUGGUUGGAAUGGAAUAAAUGGAGCGGCAUCGAAGACAUCAAACAUAUGGAAACCAAAUGUUUUACUCCAUUCCUUUAUACCAUUCCAGCCAUUACAACAAGCCCAUAGAUCCUCCCACCAGCCUCCAGUGCUAUAGAGUUUUCUGGUUCGAAUACCUGAGCUGACAACGUGAAACAGCUGUAGAUGUGCCCUUGAGCAAGGCACUUGACCAUUUGCUCCAGGGGAGCCAUACUACUAUUGCUGAUCCUGUAAAACAACACAUUUCACUGCACCUAUCUGGUGUAUGUGACAACUGUCAAAGAUAACACCUUACCCUCUUUGUAUAUUUUCACUCAGAUUGGGAAAGGUCCUUAAACAGAAAAUAAACUAUACCAAAUAUUUUC